AGAACAGCAAUGGAACGAAGGAAUACGUCCGAAUGCAAUGCGCUGUUUGCGUCGACUGUUCAGAGGAAAAUAAUCAGAGGGAUUCAACCGACACUAGAGAAUUGGGAAGCAGUGGUCAUCAUUGUUGGUUUCGGAGUCUUCGCCAUCAUCCUUGCCAAAUGUUUCAGUGCUAUUCGGCAAUACGUAUACGAAGACAAGGAUAACCUAGACACACAGUUUGACGCUGGGGGUAAAGUGUCCAUCGGAUUGACAGCCACCACUAUCGUUUCUCAGUGGACAUGGGCAGCUACCUUACUCCAGUCCUCGGCCGUGGCAAGUCAGUUCGGUAUCAGCGGUAUCUUCUGGUAUGCGGCGGGCGCCAGCAUCCAAAUCCUUCUUUUCUCCAUGCUCUCCAUCCAACUGAAGAUCCGUGCUCCCGGUGCCAAGACCUUCUUGCAAGUGGUCAGGGCAAGGUUUGGCAACAAGACUCAUCUUGUGUUCUGUGCCUUCGCCCUUUUGACCAAUAUAAUCGUUACUGCUAUGCUGAUGCUAGGGGGUAUUGCAGUCUUGACAAACCUGGUAAAGGGCAUGAACGUUGAGAUGGCUACCAUGCUCGUGACGCUGGUCAUCGGAAGCUAUAGCUACAUUGGAGGACUCGGAGCAACAUUCUAUGUCUCGUACUUCAACACUGGUAUCAUCUUCAUCACGACGCUGGUGUUCGUGUUCAAAGUGUACCUCGACCCUUUAUCCGACAGCAAAGUUUAUGGUAGCGCCAACACGGUCUUCAGUUACCUGAGCUGCUCAGUUGGCCCUGAGGGAAAUACGGACCAAAGUUACCUCACCAUGAGGUCACACUUGGGACUUGUCUUUGGUAUCAUUAAUAUUGUCGGGAAUUUUGGUACGGUGUUUGUGGACCAAGCUUACUGGCAGAGCGCGGUGGCAGCCAAGCCAAAAGAAGGUGUCUGGGGCUUCCUGGCGGGAGGAAUGGUUUGGUUUGCAGUGCCUUUCACCUUCGCCACGACAAUGGGUCUGGUAUUUGUGGCGAUGGGUGCAGAACAAGGCCUUCCACUUCUCAGUGACGAUGACAUCAGCAAAGGUUUGGUUCCUCCCAUGGUUGCCCAAGUCCUAAUGGGUCGCAGUGGUGAGCUGAUGAUGGUACUGAUUAUACUGAUGGCUGUGACCUCAACCGGUUCUGCGGAGAUCAUCGCCGUGACCUCGAUAAUGGUGUACGACAUCUACAUGAUACACCUAAAGCCAUACCGCUUGACCGUGGACACGAACAGCUGUAUACUGUGCGGAAAGGGCAGAGGCCGCAUGGCAAACCCUCGAGACAAGUGUGUUUGCGAGAGUAUGACUUUCUGUGCCAACUGUGAAAGUGAUGAUCAGGCUCGGAAGGUGUGCAAACGGGCGAUCAAGCCGGACUUCAAGUGUAAGGUACACGGACCGUACCGGGUGUAUAUCCAAUAUUUGCGAGGCCUGAAGAACUGGUGUUUGCUGUGGGUCACCGUAUCCAUCGUUCCGCUUACCUUCUUACUCAACUCAAUGCAGAUUUCACUUGGAUGGGUGUACAACUUCAUGGGCGUGUUGGUAGGAUCGGCAGUAGUGCCCAUAUCACUGGCGAUGUUCUGGACUCGGCUUAACUCAGUAGGAAUGGUCUCGGGGGCGGUCGCUGGAAUAUUCCUCGGGAUAGUAGCCUGGUUGGCUAAGUCGGCCAUGAAUUCGGGAGGCCUUUCUGGAGACGUUUUUGUGAAAAAUACAGGUGAUUCGUUGAGCAUGUUGACGGGUAACUUGGUCGCCAUCUUCUCCAGCGGCAUCAUCACAGUCAUUGUGACCUUCCUUACAAAUCGUUCAUACAACAAGCACAUGCUGACAGAGAUCUGGGAAAACACACGUGAUAUUGACAACCCGCUGUCCCCUUGGACGGAAUUAUAUGCAAGAGAAUUGAAGGUUACUGGUGGCCAUCACUUGGACAACCGACCGUCACUGGCCGAGGUCGAAGAGACGUUUAAAAACGCCAAGUACAUCGCCUACGUUGGAGCGGCGCUAAUCACGUUUGUUUUGGUAGUUUUGUGGCCCUGCUGCAUGCUCACGAUAGACGUCAUGACCCAGUCGCAGUUCUCGCAGUGGGUCUAUUUUUCAGUGGGCUGGACUUUCAUCGCCGCCCUCUUCAUUACCGUUAUGCCUCUCAUGAACGAGUUCAUAUCAAUCCGCGGGGUGAUACGCACCAAGCGGAUGGUGAACGUACUAGUUGAGCCAACGUCAAAGAACAGCCGAAAGGAAAGUAAUUCACAGCCUUCAACGAGCGGAGUGACAAAGAAGCGCAAUGGGGUCGGGGUGAUGCCGUUGCAGGGUGAUUCUGUGCGUAGUUUAAAAGACGUCGGGGAUUAUGGUGAAAACUUUGAAAUGAGCGAAAGUUCGACAGGCGCGCAUACUCCAGUAUUCCCGUGAUCACUGAUCGCUCUCGGGACUAGCUUCCUGCGCACCAUGCGGUGACGAUUACAUGUAGAAUGACCGAAAUCAAUUUGAAUUUUCAUACAGUAUAUUUGAAAUAU